GCCCGCUGCGUGAUUGGGCGUAUGAUUCGCGCGCAGCGUCACUGCGGCUGUAGGGGUGAGGGUGCGGCGGUGCGGGACGUCGAGCGACCGCGGCGGCGCGUCACAGAGCUACCCGCUCGACACGUUCUGUCCUCGCCCUGCGGCCCGCCCGCUCCGACACCGGCCCGGUCCAUAACCUGACACUACACAAUCACUCGAUGACUCAUGUACAAAUUUACGCCCUUUGGUGACAUUGUCAGGGUAGUGUAGUGCGAACGGUGGUGUUACUCGAUGUAGGAGCGAGUGAGUGCUGUGCUUGUUCGUGUGCUCUUGUCAUGUGGGGAGUACGAUGGUGUUGAUAGCCAGCAUGUCGCCGCGGUGCUCGCCGCUGGGCUUGCUCCUGGCGCUGCUAGCGGCUGCCGCGCUCGCCAACCAACUAGAGGAUAUACCGCACAAUGAAGUCAAAAACUGGGCAUUAAAAUUUGGCGUUGACUUAUGGGAGUUCGGGCGACACUUCACAAAAAUGAAUCAAAUACAAAACAAAUACCACGAAUACAACGUAGAGGUGGUACGCAAAGACGGACUAUUGUUGGUGCGCGAGCUCGCCGCAGAGGUCAAAAACCACAUGGACUUCAAAAUAAACGCCGUCAUGCGCAUUAUGGAUAGCGCUGAAGCGGCUGCGCUGUCAGCGAGCGGAAGCGGCGACGGUGCACCAGGAUCUUACUACGACGCACGCUGGCUAAACGUGCACGCGGACGAUGGCACACUAGCUGCUCGUGCCCGCCGCCUGCUGCUGUCCCCUAGCCGGCAUUUUGACCACAUCGCAGUCAACACCAGCUACAGCGCCGUACUGAUGCCGCCAUAUAUUAAUACUGAAGAUCCCGAAGUUCAGAAUCAAAUAGCGUGGUCCGAACAUUUAGACCCGUUAUUCGUCAACAACUAUGAAAUCGAUCCUACGCUAUCGUGGCAGUACUAUGCCUCAUCUACUGGUUUUAUGAGGCGAUAUCCAGCGAUGUCCUGGCCACCAGAAGAUGGCUAUUCACACCACGCGAGGGACUUCUACGACUUUAGAUCAUCCAACUGGUUCGUUGAAGCAGCCACAUCACCUAAAGACCUUGUGAUACUCUUGGACGAUUCGGACGACCUUGGUUCGUCAUACUGGCGGCUAGCGAAAGCGACAGUGUCCGGUUUAUUGGAUACACUGGGACCUAACGACUUCGUCAAUGUGUACCGAUAUAGUGACACAGUAUCCGAGAUACAUUCUUGUUACACGAAGAUAUUGGCACAGGCGGUACCUGAGACUAUACGGGAGCUAAAAACAUCGUUAUGGAACGCCGAGGCCACUGGAGGAGCAGCCAACUUAACUGGCGCCCUCACUACAGCGUUUGAGAUAUUGCAUCGGUAUAACCGCACCGGUCAGGGUUGCCAGUGCAACCAGGCGAUCGCAGUGGUGGGCGCGGGUGGCGGCGCCACCGGUGUAAAGGCAGUGUUCCGCACGUGGAACUGGCCGCAUAUGCCUGUGCGGAUAUUCACGUACCGCGUGGGAGGUGACGCCGCUGCCGGGCACACUAUGAAGGAUAUGGCGUGCACCAAUAAAGGUUUCUACGUAAGCAUCAACGAGCAUUCCGAGAUCCGCGGGAAGGUACUCCACCUAGUGGAAGUGCUGGCACGGCCGCUUGUCAUGUACCAAACCGUACACCCGGUGCAUUGGAGCCCUGCGUACGUCGGCGGCAGGAGUAGCAGCCUUUCUGAUGACGGUAUGGGACAACUGAUGACCUCUGUCACAGUUCCAAUAUUCGACAGGAGAAAUCACACGCAAAGGGAAGCAAAUUUGCUGGGCGCUGUGGGGACGGAUGUCCCCAUCGAUCAAAUAAAGAAGCUCGUGCCACCAUAUAAGCUCGGAGUCAAUGGCUAUUCUUUCAUGGUGGAUAACAACGGGCAUGUUUUGUAUCAUCCGGAUUUGCGACCUCUGUAUACUAACGAGGAAUACACAGAAACUCUACGGCCAUUGUACUCUAGUGUGGACCUAACCGACGUCGAACUGUUAGUGGACUCUGACGAGAAUUCUCGUGUUAACCUCACGUCUCUGCUGCUCGAUCUCCGACACGACAUGAUAGAGCAACGAGAGGGUGAGACAGAAAUCGGAGUUAAAGUUCAAUACGACAACAUGAGGAGGGUGGCCACACGACGUCAGAGGUACUUCUACAGCCCAGUGGACGGCACGCCGUUCUCCCUGGCCGCGGUACUACCAGAUGGAUACGGCAUGUACGAGUUGCUAGCAGAGCAGGAGGUCAAACAUAGCGUCAUAAAUGUCACCGAAUAUUUUAAAGGCGACAAUUGGAAGAUACAUCCUGAUUGGGUGUACUGUGAAUACGCAUCAACGUCCGAACAAACAUUUAACUCUCCGGAGGAACAACUAGUGCACUUCUUGUCGCGCGCGGGCCGCCCCGGCUGGAAAUGGAUGUCGCUUCGGCCGAGGGCGCUCAUGCUUCACAACGCUCACAAGAAGCAAGACCGCGACUCUUAUUACUGUGACAAAACUUUAGUUCAAUCGCUUAUUCGCGAUGCUAUGGUUAUAAAAGAACUGGACGCACACACUGGACACGCCAGCCAUCAUUCUCACCCGAUAGCAACUUUAAUGGCACUUCUGACAAGGCAAGGUCGGUUCCACAAGUUCGUCGUUACGCUGUCGUUCAUCGCGACACGGAGCGGUUUACUCAAGUGGACUGAGAACAUGAAUAAUUCGAGGAGUUCCGACUCAGCUGAACAGCACUUCAGCGAAAAAUACGCUCGAGCUUUCGACUCGGAAUGGUACCGACGAGCAGUGGAACAUCAUGCCAUAGAACCCGAGAGCUUCGUCUUCUCGGUGCCGUUCCGUGAUGGUUCAGAGGCUGAAGACUUGAGUGGAAGACCCCCUCUAGUUCUUGCGACCCAUGCUGUAUUCGUAGAAUCAAGAGGCCACAGGGCAGCUGCCGCUGUCGUUGGAUUACACUUCCAGCUCGACUCGCUUGCGAAACAUUUUCUGAACGUUACAUCAACGUGUACAGCCGGUAGUGUCUGUAAAAAAACCUGCGCAGGAGACGAACUAGACUGCUACAUAUUAGAUGAUAACGGUUUCAUCAUCCUAUCCGAAGACGUGUCUCAAACAGGGCGAUUCUUUGGACAAGUCGAUGGCACUAUCAUGGACUCAUUAGUUCAAGAUCGUAUAUAUAAGAAAAUCACGGUGCAUGAUCAUCAAGGUCGAUGUCCGGACUCCAGAAAUCCUUUUAGUGGCGGCGUCAAUAAAUUAACGCCAAUGAGACCAUUUUCUUGGAUUGGGAGUUAUCUCGCCAAUUUAUUAGCCGUUUGGUUCCCAAUAUGGGAAUCGGUGAAAGCAAGAGCACACCCAUACGCUGAAGAAGAAAUAGCAGAUUAUGAGGACUACGAAAACGAGGAUUCUGAAAAUGAAGAAGACUUGGACAGAGACAGGGGCACUUACGAGAUAAUUAUCGACGGGAUCGGAGGCAGUGGAAGUAACAGCGGGAACGGGGAUGCAGAGCCGACGCGCGGGGGUAAUGGUGGAGCUGGCGGGGGCAACGGGGGUACGCCCCGUGAGCCCCCACGAGAGGCUGCACGUUCAGCCGCAGUACGGCCCUGUGACACCAGCGCUGAGCUGUUUACGCUGCAAGCCACUCGAUUGAACGCUGCACAGCCACUGAAAGGGAAACUUACCAAUUGUCACAACUCUGGGUGUGAAAGGCCGUUCAGCGUGCAGAAGAUCCAGCACAGCAACCUGAUCCUGCUGGUGGUGGACACGCUGUGCCCGUGCGGCGCCAAGCGGCUGGACGUGCGGGCGCGCGAGGCGGCGCGCGCGCCGUGCGGCCGGCCCGCGCCGCGCCACCACCGCCGCCGCCCCGCGCACUGCCUCUCCUACCACCCGGAGGAAAUAGAAAUCCAAUCGUGCGGACGCGGCGGCCGAACACAACCAUUGCUGGCAUUAGUUGCGGCGCUGAUGGUACGGCUCUGGUUCAGCACGUGACUGCCGCAACAAUAAUUAUAAACCCACAAUCAACCCCAGGGUCCGCGGCGGGCCCCGAACACGAUCAACGCGAAGCUUUCCAAUGAAUCCCUGUAUUGUCUAAGUAUGUUAGUAAAAUGAAUGAUUUUGAAUGUCACCUACCCCCUUAGACCUAGCAAACGAAUCUAUCGAUAGACACGUCGUUAUCCCUUGCAUGAGAUGGAACGAGACUGCGACAUCCGGCGUCUCGUUCUUUCUCAUGCGUACACUAGCACAAAUGUAUCCAUCAAUACAUUAAUUUGCUAGAUGUCUAAGCGGGUCACGAGGGAAAGCUUCAAACGCGGCCGGUCGUCGUUCAAAUGUUCGAGCGUCGUGUGAGUGUGGAACUGUUUGUAUUCAAGUGUGCAAUAAAUGUUGAUAGUUGCGCUAUUGGGUAAAUAGAAUGUGGCGCCUCGUGCUCGCCACUUCCAUAAGGGCAGGUUUACAUUAUCAGUUAUUGUCUUCAAUCUCGACAGUGGUCAGUGCAGACUCGGUAUUAACAUCAAACAAGUUGGUUAUAUCAGUACAGUGCUAUUGCAUCAGUAUUGACAUAUUAUUCCUGUUCCACCAUACAAAUAUCUAUAAUCAAUACAUCUAUACUACGUAUUAAUACGUACUAGUAGAUACCUAUACUUUAUCGCACGUAUGAGAAAGAAUAAAAUGCUGAACUUUGCUGUAUCAUUCCGUUUCAUUAAUACGAAAAUAUAUAUAUAUAUACGGAGAAAUUUGUUUAACACUUUAUGGAUUUUGAAUUGUCAUCUAACUUCCAAACGUUCUGGCUGACUGUAAUAACGUUCGUAGGUUGAAAAAAAAUAAAAAAAAAGUAAAUAGUGUAUCAGUUCUUGACGCCACUGAUGCCUUUAACUGACUCGAUCUAAAGCUGCCUUUAUUGGUACACGUGCGAGCACUAUAAGAGUUUUGAUCAAUUUACCGACUGAAGUUUUGGUCCGACCAAAUGAACUUUCGAUCUUGUUUUGAUACAGGAUUAUCUAUUCGAAUUAGGAUACGAUAAAAAUUAAAAUAUUUCCCCCUCUCUGUUAAGUUGUCGCGUUUCAUAUUGUAACUAAUGCAAAUGCAUACAGUAAAUAGGUAGGUAACGAAUAUCUUGUUAAAUUUAAAUUGAAGAUUAUCACAAACUUGGAGAUCGUAUAUAUUAUAGCUAAUGUUAAUAAGUAUUGAAAAAUAAUUAAUGUAAAAAUAAUAUCGUUUGAAAACUGUUUUAGAAAAAUUUACCUAUGUUGAACCUAACUCGAUUUGUUUCUUGUCUGACAUUCGAUUAAUCGCAAUCUUAUUGAAUAGUUGCAUAGUGUUGAUGUAAAUAAGAAAUGUUUUAUUUGUAGGUAAUUGAGUUGCUGAAUUUAUGUGUGCCUGUGCAAUUAUUAUGUGAAGUGGUAUCGUACAGACGGGUGUCGCGAUCACUACAAAUACUGUACUUAACAAUAGAAGAACUAAUAAAUAAAUAUUUUGUAUAAUAAAAACAUACAGUGCACAAUGAAUGUAACGAAAAAUUCUGUGUAACGUAAGUAAAUAUUACACGACUUUGGUUGCUUUGCAGUAUGCUACAUAGUGGGUACCUAUAACGCCUACUAUGUAGCAAAAAACACUCUAUAUCACAAAGUUAAAUUCCUUUAAGGUGUAACGUAGUUCUCUUCCACCAAGAAUUAAAAAUACACUACAAAUUUAAAAGAAUCUUCUACAACGUAUUCCAUCAAUUCCAUUUGAUAAUUUUCAUUCCAAUCAAUUUAAAAAAAUAAUAAAAUUGUUUCUUGUAUAAAAAGGAGAUUAAUAAAGUAAUAUUUAUUACUUAUGGUAUAUUGAGUGGAGAAACACCGUUACAUUGAAACUGUAAACAAAUAUUUGUAAAUAGUUCUUCUCGAGUCGCGACACCGAUCCCAAUUCGACUACUCAUUUGUCUAGUUGUUAGUGAUUUUUCUCGCCUAAUCUUCGAAUAAUGUCGUAUUGGACGAACUGUAAACAGUUUCGUGUUUUUAUUGUAAAUAUUUUACUAACUUUAAAUGGCCUAUUACGAUUUAUAAGAACGUGUGUUGCUAAUCGUUUUGUCGUUCAAUUCGACUUCUGUGGUAAUAACUACGUCAUAUCGACCUAAUGCAAUUGUUAAUAAUUUGCAUAUCAUGUUCCUUGACCUUUUCUGGGCCUAGAUUCAUAGACAUAACAAUCUACUUUCAUACUUGUUUGUUUGGAUCUAAACCAAAAUGUGAAUGUUACAUAGAAUUAAUUCAAAUCCAUGUACUACAUAAAUGAAUAACAUUUUGUACCAUAUCGAAUAGGCAUAAUAUAGUAUGGCAUGCUUGCUGUUGUCCGUUUGACGUCAUAUCAUACGAACCAUUGGUAAAUUUAUCUACGACAAUGUUUUGAAAUAGUACAAAAAUAUUAUAAUGGUUAUUUAAUUAGAUGUUGAGUGCCAAACCACAGUAUUUGUUUCACGAUACACACAUUUUAUUACACGGGACCGAUAGUUUAUGUACCUAAGUAGGACAAUAGCAAGCUUGGAAAUGUAUCGAAUAGUAGAUUGGUCACAGUAGUCUCUGAGCAAACAAAUAGACCUGAAUUAUACGAAGAAUUUAUGGUCCAUAAUACAUAGCAGAAAUUAAUAUUGUAUUCUCAAGUGAUUAUCUGCACAUAGGAAACUUAUAUUACAGAAAAAAAAGAUAUAAAAAAGUAUAAAGAAGAAAAUCUACCGUAUCAUUUACAAAUUAAGUGAAUAUAUUUAUAUAACACUUAUGUGACGACUUAUUGACUUUUUUCUGUAAGUCACGUAAUUACAUGGGCCCAUGUGCAUUGUAGCAUGCAAUUAAAUAUAUUCUAUAUGGGUGGUCACUUGCGGGUUCUUCUAAGCACAAAACAUUCCGAGCCCUGCAGUAGAAUCUUAAAAAAUGGCGAUUUAAAACAACCAUUUCAAUUAAGAUUAUUUCUAUUCUAUUCUAAAAAAAAGAUUACAUUUUAUAUAAGUUAAGUUUAAUUUAUGAUACUACAUAUUAGUGUUAUUUGCCAGUGUCUUCUCAUAAUAGUUAUUAUGAGAAGUUAUUAUGAACUUGCAAAUAAUACAUUAUAUAAAAGCCUUUAGUGACGACUUCAUUAUGACCGCGAAAUUUACAAGCAAUGCUGUGGAGAUUACUGUUGCCAAUUAACUACAUAUCACCUAAUCGUAACAUAAUCAGUGUCGUAAUUAAUACAUAUUCACAAACUGUAAAACAGUAUCGUUGGGAGGCGCUUUUGAGUAAUUGUACAUUUUGUAUAAAUACAGUAAGGAGUCGAUAUUAUGGCGUAGGAGAUUGUUUUAACUGGUGAGUGGCGAACGACUGGUAAUGUAUUGAAAGUGCUUCUUGUAAGCGUCGAGUCUUCCAUAGCAGUCGAACGCGCAGGGCGAGUGUUUACUGUAACGUUUAAGUAUUAAAUGAUAAUAAUAGCGUAUACUUAUCAUAGAAUAGGCGGAUCUCGACUCGUGCGGUGUGCAAAUAUUUUUAAUUGCACUUCGCGGGUUUAGUUUAUAACUGAAUAGACACAAAACAAAUACCUCGUUUAGUUACUCAAAACAUAAUAGCUAGACACAAUUAGCGUUUAUUUCGCAUUUAGUUCUGGAACAUAUCAAUUCAGGCACCAAAGAGACUGUAGCGUAAGGGAUAUAUUAUUUUUCGGAUUUUGUGAUCUUUUAUGUCAAUUUAGUAUAAAAAUAUCUUGACAGAACCUAAACUAUAUACAAAUGGUCCACUGUAUGUACGCACAAAUAGCUAAAGGAGCGCCGUAAUUUUCUCUAUCGUACCACAACUGAAUACGUGUGUAUGAACAUGAGCGCUCUGACGGUGCCUACAGAGGGCUGCUCGUAUGUAGCUUAAUCUCUGUAAGAAUAUUUAUUCAUGUGGUUAUAGAGCGAGAAACACGUGGGCGCCAGUGGAACCAAUGCCGAUGUCUCGGCUUAUAUUCUGUAGGACGUGCAAUAAAUUAAUAUGAGACAUGGAAUCUUUCCCAUAUUCACUUAUCUAUUACAAUUUUCUAUAAAAAAAAUCGAUAUUUAUAAUGUUUCCGUUUCUUCACAAAGUCGAUCAUACCUGUUAACGCUUUUAGGAGUAUAUUCAAAAUAUAUGUACUUAAAUACUUACAUCGUGAAAAUUUGAAAUUAUAUUGAAACCAAAUUUUGAUGUCAGCGUUUUUAUAAAUUGUUUUCCAUGUAUUAUUUAAUUGAUAAUAAUGAUAAUAGCCGGUAUCGGGCACGGCCUGCUCUGUGGACAUGGUUCUCUAGUGACAUUAGUGAAAUACUGUUUCCUUUCGUUACUUGCCAGUUCAUGCUAUAGAUAUACCGUAAUUACAACAAUAAAGUUCUCUUAUAACAUUGUGA